UGAGUCGCCCAUCGCGCGCCCAGCAACGAGCGCGACGCCUCAGUUUAGUACAAACGGUAGAGCUGUGCGGUCGAUCCGUACAGACUUAUUAUCACCAUCCGCUUUAGACACACCGUGCCAGCUUUUCAACAAUGCAUUCGAUAGGCGUGUUGUUGUUGCUGCUGGUGGUUGGUGGUAGCGCUUUGAAACUAUCCACUUCAAAAGUUGUUGGCGGUCAGGAUGCGAAACCGGGUGAAUUUCCGUACCUGGUGUCGAUUCAGUGGAACUUCGCUAACGGCUCGGAACCGGUUCACUUUUGUGCCGGGACAAUCGUCGACCGUUGGUGGAUAUUGACGGCUGCGCACUGCAGAGAAACUGCAUUUGAUGUUGGCUGGUUGGAAGUUGUGGCGGGUGAAUUUGACCUGCAGCACGUGGACGGUGACGGUGAGCAACGACGCAACGUGAGCAGUUUUUUAGUACACGAGGAUCGGGCGCCUGGCUUCGUUGGACCUAACGAUAUCGCUUUGAUUAGAUUGGUUGAACCACUAACUUUCAAUGCAAAUGUUUCCAUUGUACAGUUGGACAGCAGACAAUCGCCAAUAUUUGGUUGCGCUCUACUACCAGGAUGGGGAUCAGUUUCUACCACUGUUGAGCCCAUUUAUCCUGCUAAACUGCAGAAAGCUAAUCUACCGGUGUUUCCGUACGAUGCGUGUCUUCAGUACUUUCCGCUUUUCAGUCCACUGGAGGAGACAAAUUUUUGCGCUGGAGAGUUGAGCGGGACGGCCAAUGCGUGCCACAAGGAUUCCGGAGGACCACUGGUUCAAACCAUCGACGGAACGGAAUUGCAGGUGGGCAUCGUUUCCUGGGGAGCCUUUCCCUGUACGGCAUAUCGCAGUCCAACGGUAAUAACCAAGAUCAGUGCGUUCAGGGACUGGAUUCGGAUCAGUAUAGAACGAAAUUCGACGAAGUUCAAUGAAACGACUCAAACCGCAACAACUGCGCGGUACUCGAGUGAUAGUUGACAGUGAAAGAGGCUACCUCAACUAUUCCAUUUUAAGCUUUUAGUUAAUGUAUAUUUUUCUAUCAAGAGCUAAGAGAAUAA